GGCUCGCGCAUAGUGCAAACGCAUAGCUCGAACGUCAGUCACUUUGUUGAGUUUCUCAGUUUCUCAGUUUCGAUUCGAUUUCUGCAUUCAACAUGUGGUCCAAGAUUGCGAUUACUGGUGCUCUGGCUGUAAUGGGCGGCGCUCUCUAUGUCAGCGCCGUGGACAACUUUGCGUAUGUGGAUCGCUCGCUGGAGGUUGCGAUGCCCAAGGCGAAGCGUCAUGUGGCCAAGGAAUAGGCAAGCAAAGGAAUGGAGUUACCAGUGCUGUGAUCGAGUGUGCAACUAGUUCCGAUUUGUGCCACAAAAUGAACUAGUUCAAUAUCCGCAUUGUGUGAACAAGUCGCUCUUCGAGCUUGUUAAACAAGCCGGCGAAGAAGCGUCCACUUUCUACUCCACAAAUCUUCAGUUGCCGGAACGAACAACAAAAGAGUUUCAGCGCUUUAAACUAAUUUAUAAAUAUUCUUAAGAAAUUGUUUUUUUUCUGUGUGUUUUUUUUUAUUAUCAUGUAGUUUUGGCAAUUAAGUUCCUGAAAGUAUUCUUAAAUGUUGUAAAUAGUGCAUAAAUAAAUAUUAUAUAAUUACUUUUAAA